AAAUAAUGCGAAGCUUCCUUCCCACGGCGUUGACCUUGUCGUCUUCCUCCUCUGUGAAUUCCACGAACACUCUAUAAAACCGCUCACAGAACUUUCACUCUCCACACAUCUCCUCUAAAUCCUUUUAUUCUCCGAUUUACUAGAUCCAAAACAGAUACUCAUUACGCAAAUCAUCAUCUAGUUCACAGAAAUGGCAAAGCAAAAGAUUGUGGUGAAGGUGACAAUGAACACCGAGAAGAAAAUUCGUAAGGCUCUGAAAAUCGCCGUUAGUCUCUCCGGUGUGGAAUCGGCAUCUUUCGUUGGUUCAGAUAAAACCCAAAUCGCUGUAACCGGGGAAGACGUUGACUCAGUUGAACUGACGACCUUGCUAAGGAAAGGUGUAGGAUACACAGAGCUACUGAGUGUUGGUCCGGUGGAGGAGAAGAAACCAGCCGCCGCAAAAGAAUCAAAUCCCGCGGUGGCGUCACUAAAUGUUAAUCCGUACCAAUACUGCUACAGCAACUACGGGAUGCCCUACUAUGCCUAUGAGAUUUGAGAUGUCAUCCACAGAAACAGAGUCUAAAGAAAUUAGUUUUAUAUUGAUGCUUUAUUAGUUUCAUUUCAUCCCAUUCAAUUUUUUUAGAGGGGAAUUUCGCGUUGUAUAAAAUAAGAGACCCUUUGUACAUGUAUUGUGAUCGUGAUAUAUGGGAAUUACGUAAUAUAUGUUAGUUUAUUAACCAUC